AUGGGGAACAGUUUAACACAAUGGAGAAGUGCUAUUGGAACAUUUUCUGGAAAUCAAUCGAGACUUGUAGUGCUAGAAUGUUCAACAGGCUCAGACGAGUCUCAACAUACUGCAUCAUUGCUGGUUAUCAUCACCAUGCUGUUGGUCAUUGGAGGGAUCGAAAUGGACCCAGGACCAAACCAAUCCAAAUCAGAGAUCACCCAGAAAAUGUAUGACCUUGGAUGUAAAAUCAAAGCUUGUGACCAGGAAACUGAACUGAAGAAACAGGCAGAGCUAAUGUGUGAGCUGGGAGAUGAGUUUAUAGGAAAGGCUGAAACCUCUCCAACGUGGUAUGAACAUUUUGUUUGGGCCUCUGCCCUUUUAAAUGCAGCAAAAUGUAGACUGGAGAAGUUAGAGAGUCGGCCAUUCGAAACAAUACAGGAUCUGUUGCGAAGAUGGAGUUUGCUGAAUACUAAAUUUAAGUAUGACAAGUGCUAUAUUGAAGAGAGACUUCAGGACAUUGAUACACAAUUUCUCAAAAGGUUAUCAAAAGCAAGGAAGCUUUCUACUCAUGAUUUGACAAGUAGGUACAAGCAAGAACUUGAGAAGAUACGUACUUAUUCUGAAGACACUGUGAAUGCCAUUAUAAACAAUGACAUGAUUGUACAUCCACUCACUUCAGAAAUGAGGGAACAGGAUAUUGACAACACAAUUGAACACAGUAAAGUGUUCUAUAAUGAGCUCACAGAGAAGAUUUUAGAGUUCUAUAGGUCAAUUAUUAUAGACUGCAUGUCUACUUUGGGUAUUCAAAAUUGUAAAUACAAGUUUGCAAUAAUGGCACUAGGGUCACUGUCCCGUAAGGAAGUGACUGCUUACUCGGACAUAGAAUGGGCAAUUUUAUUUGAUCCCAUGGGUGAACCAGUUGAAUGCAUAAAGGAAGAAUUACGCAUGUUAGUGUACUAUGUGCAUCUCCAAAUUUUGAAUUUAGGUGAGACCAUUUUGAACAAUCUUGACAUACCAGUAUUGACCGAUUUCAAUGACAGACUGCCACCAAAUAUGACUGAUGUGGACUUUUGGGAUGAAGUCACUACACGUGGGGUUUCAUUUGAUGGAACACACCCAUCUGCUAGUAAGACACCGAUAGGACGAAAAUCAAGAAAGGACCCCGAAAAACCACCUACACUAGAGCUUAUAAUGACAAUAGAUGAAAUGACCAAAUACCAAUUCAACGAUGUUUCUUUAAAAGAGGGCUAUCGUCUCAGUGAUGUUUUGAUGAACUCAGCAUUGAUUACAGGAGACGAGACCCUCUGGGAAACAUACAACAAACAGGUCCAUUCAAUAUUGGAAUCCCCAUCUAAGAACCCAAAUGUAUCUAUAGGUACAGAAAGGGGAAUAAAAACACUUAAUGAUGACCUUGCAAAAUAUUUGACAAACCCUCUAACGAGCAAAUCAUUCUGUCGGGAUAUACACACCAAGCAUGAUGUCUAUAGGUUAGCAACUAUUUCAAUUAACAUUCUUAAGCUGGUACAUGGUUGCAAAUCAUUUGCCCCUUUAGAUGUUUUGGAGGAGUUAUUCAAGAAUGGUAUCCUCACUGAAAGGGCAAAGAAAGAUCUGCAAACCAUGGUUUGCAUUGCAAGUAAUCUCAGACAUUUGGUAUACAGUAAAUACAAAGAGCAGAAGGAGUUCAUAUCAUUUCUGUCCAGUGAAUCUAAAGAUGACACAUUGGAUUCAAAGACUGUUAUACCUGUCAGGGGAUACACUGCAAUCAUUACAUUCUACACUACUUUUGUGCCAUGGUCUAAAUUCUUAGUUUCUCAGAAAAAUAACAUGUCAUGGAAACACAAAAAUAAAUACACAGAUGACAGUAACAAGAUAAAAGUACAGAUUUAUAAAGAUAUGUAUUUUUCUGAAAGAGCAUUGUAUGCUUAUAAAGCUGAAUUAGAAAAACUCCAAAAUAAAGGCAUGAAAGGAUAUGAGUAUGAAAUAGCUUUACUACAAUAUGAGAUUGGUUCACUUUAUCAGACAGGUGGUAAGUUUGACAAUGCCUUAAAAUUUCAUGUAGAUUCUCUAUCAAUGUGUAGGAAGGUUCAUGGUAAUGACGCUCACCCAGAUGUAGCCUCAUUACUGAACAAUAUAGGUAGAUUGUAUGUAAGCAUGGGGGAGUAUACCACUGCCAGGAAAUACUAUGAAGAUAGUCUAUCAAUGUUUAGGAAGAUUUAUGGUAAUGAUGCUCACCCAGAUGUAGCCUCAUCAAUGAACAAUAUAGGUGGAUUGUAUAAUAGAAUGGGGGAGUAUACCACUGCCAGGAAAUACUAUGAAGAUAGCCUAUCAAUGUUAAGGAAGAUUCAUGGUAAUGAUGCUCACCCAGAUGUAGCCUCAUCAAUGAGCAAUAUAGGUAAUUUGUAUAAUAGCAUGGGGGAGUAUACCACUGCCAGGAAAUACUAUGAAGAUAGCCUAUCAAUGUUAAGGAAGAUUCAUGGUAAUGAUGCUCACCCAGAUGUAGCCUCAUUACUGAACAAUAUAGGUAGAUUGUAUGUAAGCAUGGGGGAGUAUACCACUGCCAGGAAAUACUAUGAAGAUAGUCUAUCAAUGUUUAGGAAGAUUUAUGGUAAUGAUGCUCACCCAGAUGUAGCCUCAUCAAUGAGCAAUAUAGGUGAAUUGUAUUUUAGAAUGGGGGAGUAUACCACUGCCAGGAAAUACUAUGAAGAUGGCCUAUCAAUGUUAAGGAAGAUUCAUGGUAAUGAUGCUCACCCAGAUGUAGCCUCAUCAGUGAACAAUAUAGGUGGAUUGUAUAAUAGCAUGGGGGAGUAUACCACUGCCAGGAAAUACUAUGAAGAUAGCCUAUCAAUGUAUAGGAAGGUUCAUGGUAAUGAUGCUCACCCAGAUGUUGCCAUGUCAAUGAACAAUCUAGGUGAAAUGCAUAAACAACUGGGAGAGUAUACCACUGCCAUGAAAUACUAUGAAGAUAGCCUAUCAAUGCGUAGAAAGAUUCAUGGUAGUGAUGCUCACCCAGAUAUUGCCGGGUCAAUGAACAAUAUAGGUGGAUUGUAUAAUAGCAUGGGGGAGUAUACCACCGCAAGGAAAUACCUUGAAGAUAGUCUUUCAAUGUAUAGAAAGAUUCAUGGUAAUGAUGCUCACCCAUAUGUUGCCAUGUCAAUGAACAAUAUAGGUGGAUUGUAUAAUAGCAAGGGGGAGUAUACCACUGCAAGGAGAUACUAUGAAGAUAGCCUAUCAAUGCGUAGAAAGAUUCAUGGUAAUGAUGCUCACCCAGAUGUUGCCAUGUCAAUGAACAAUCUAGGUGAAAUGCAUAAACUACUGGGAGAGUAUACCACUGCCAUGAAAUACUAUGAAGAUAGCCUAUCAAUGCGUAGAAAGAUUCAUGGUAAUGAUGCUCACCCAGAUGUUGCCAUGUCAAUGAACAAUCUAGGUGAAAUGCAUAAACAACUGGGAGAGUAUACCACUGCCAUGAAAUACUAUGAAGAUAGCCUAUCAAUGCGUAGAAAGAUUCAUGGUAGUGAUGCUCACCCAGAUAUUGCCGGGUCAAUGAACAAUAUAGGUGGAUUGUAUAAUAGCAUGGGGGAGUAUACCACCGCAAGGAAAUACCUUGAAGAUAGUCUUUCAAUGUAUAGAAAGAUUCAUGGUAAUGAUGCUCACCCAUAUGUUGCCAUGUCAAUGAACAAUAUAGGUGGAUUGUAUAAUAGCAAGGGGGAGUAUACCACUGCAAGGAGAUACUAUGAAGAUAGCCUAUCAAUGCGUAGAAAGAUUCAUGGUAAUGAUGCUCACCCAGAUGUUGCCAUGUCAAUGAACAAUCUAGGUGAAAUGCAUAAACUACUGGGAGAGUAUACCACUGCCAUGAAAUACUAUGAAGAUAGCCUAUCAAUGUUAAGGAAGAUUCAUGGUAAUGAUGCUCACCCAUAUGUAGCCUCAUCACUGAACAAUAUAGGUGGAUUGUAUUAUAGCAAGGUGGAGUAUACAACUGCCAGGAAAUACUUUGAAGAUAGUCUAUCAAUGUUAAGGAAGAUUCAUGGUAAUGAAGCUCAUCCAGAUGCAGCUGUGGUACUGAACAAUAUAAGAGACGUGCAAAAACAACUUGGACUACUGCCAUGAAAUACUUCUUGAGGGGAUAACUAUAUUCAGAUAUGUUCAUUCC